GAUUGUACGUUAGUAACGGAACAUCUUUAGUGAUUAGUUACGCGUCAAGUUUACAACACGAUAAGAUUAUCUUUUUUUAGAUUCGUUAGUGGGUUUGUGUGGCGAUGAGCUAAAAGUUAUAUAAACAUACUUGUUGAAUCAAUUCAUUGGUGUUCAUUUGGUUCCACAAUAAAGACCUAGAAAAGAAAUUAAAGACCUACAGAAAGCAAAAAAAAUGACAAAAGUAUCACAAUUGCCUCGGCUGGUCCUGUACAAGGUGGAUGCCAGCCCUCCUUCCUGCGCUGUCAGGAUGCUGGGCCACAUCCUCUCCCUGGACUUCCACUACAAGGACAUCAAACUGCUACAACUUGAACACAAAACACCAGAAUUUAAGAAGAUAAAUCCAAUGGGAACGGUACCCGUGCUGCAAGAUGGUGAUUUUAUAGUUUCUGAGAGCCACGCUAUAAUGCAAUACUUGACGCUUCAAUAUGGCGGCGAGCGCGGCGCACAACUUUACCCGCGAACAGCUCGCGAACGAGCUCAAGUCGACCAAUGCAUGUACUUUGACGCCGCUGUCAUCUUCAACACUGUCAAAUCUAUUGCUAUGCCAACGUUAUUGUACGGUAUAAAAAGUGCGACAGAGAAACACUUGCAGAGCAUUGAGGAAUGUUAUGAUGUGACGGAGGCGUACCUCCACCGUCCAUACAUGGCGGCUGACCACCUCACCCUGGCAGACCUCUCUCUCAGCACCACCAUCGCUGCCACACAGAUUUUAUAUGAGCUAGAUUCUAAAAGAUUUCCUCGCACUGCUGACUGGUUGAGCAGAAUGUCACAGGAAGAUUUCUAUAGAGAAAUAACUGAACCUGGAAUAGCUUUACUAAAGAAAUUGUUAUAUAAGCGCUGGGGAAAAAAUACAUAAAUUUUAUAACGGUUUUUGUAAAGAAACCGUAAUCGUG